CAAAGGUCAAGUUAUCCAAAAUGGCGACUUUUAGGGGGAAGAUAUUGCUGAAGAACAUCAAGAAAAUUGUUGUACAGUUUUGUCCAUUCGAGCCUAACGUCCGGUCCACAAGGGAGUUUCUCGCUGUUGUGGGGAGUGAGAAAGUGAGGUCGACCAACCUCAGCUGUGUAGUGAGUGCAGACGUGAGACACGAUGGCUCUGAUCCCCAGGUUGACGUCACAUUCACGGAUGGAGAGAAGUUACUGAUGAAAGGGAAGAAACUGACCAGCUUCGAAAUGCUCUCGGCUUUGCAGUCCCGGUGUGAAGCAAAGGAUCCACAUUCCAAAGAGGCGAAGAAGUAGCUGCUUAGUUUGUGAUAAAUAUUUAUGUAC